AUGGCGCCAGCGGGUAAGGCGAGGCCGGGGAGGCGGAGGAUCCCCCUGCAGAAGAUCAGCAACGGGGACGCGCGCAUGGUGAGCUUCUCCAAGCGGCGGUCGGGGCUCUUCAAGAAAGCGGCCGAGCUCGCCAUCCUCUGCGGCGCUGAGAUAGCCGCCGUGGUCUUCUCCCCGGCCGGCAAGCCCUUCUCCUUUGGACACCCCUCCGUAGAGGCCAUAGCCGACCGCCUGCUCGCGGAGGACGCUGCCGGCGGGGCCACCUUCUCGCACCCAGCGGCGGCGGCGGGCGGGGAUUUCGCGACCAGCGGGCUGCAGCUGUCUCACGAGGAAGUGUGCAGGAACUUCGACGCUCAGGUGAGGAAGAGGGAGGCGGUGGAAGCGGCGCUGAGCGGCGCGUGGGAGCGGCGGAAUGUGAACGCGGCGGCGCUCCGGCUGGAGCAGCUGUCACGAGUGAAGAGCUCGAUGGAGGCGCUGAAGAGGGAGGUCGCUCGCAGGGCCGAGGAGCUCCGCGUCUCCGAGCUCUCCUUGGUGCCCAUGGCUCCUGCGCCACCGCCGGGGCCGACGGCGCCCCCCCGCCUACCUCCCGGAGUUCCUCGUCUGCUUACCCUCGACAUCUAG